AUGCCGAUUAGCAAUGGAUUCGCAUUUGUCACUGUCAUUGCUCACACUCACGCAUACACCAACGACAGACCACCGACACUGCCACCAGAUCUGGCCUGGGGCUUGAGUCGCGCAUGGCGUAGUCCGCCCAGACCUAGACCAGAUCAACCAUUAGCUAAAUGGUGGUGGCCCAAUGGGAUCAAACGUAAUGGCUUUGCGGCAUCUUUCGUUCCCAAGACGAUUAGCACCGUGGGCAAGCGUACCUCCAGGUACCUUGAAGUAGCUGGACGAGGCAGUUACCACGUCCACAAAAAGCAGCAGCAUCUUAUUCUUCUUACCUCCCCCAGCGUCGAUAAGGUCAUUCACUGA